GCAAAGCACUCGUACUGUAUCCUCACAGACAACAAAAUCUUUGGCUCUGCUCCUUGUUGCACAGCUGCAGACAUGAUCAUAAGUGUUGCCCUCAUCUGGGCUGUUGUGGUGGGACUCUGCUGCUGCCUGUGGCUCAUUUUGGGAAUCCGCAGGAGACAGCCAGGGGAACCUCCAGUAGAAAAUGGCUGGAUCCCAUACAUGGGUUGUGCGCUUCAAUUCGGCGCCAACCCACUGGAGUUCCUCCGCAGCAGACAGAAGAAAUAUGGUCACAUCUUCACAUGUAAGAUCGCUGGCCAAUAUGUCCACUUCCUGUGCGACCCGUUCUCUUAUCACUCCGUCAUCCGUCAAGGGAGGCAUCUAGACUGGAAGAAAUUUCACUUCUCAGCAUCUGCCAAGGCCUUUGGUCAUGAAAGCAUGGACCCGAGUCAUGGCUACACGACAGAGAACCUUCACCAGACUUUUCUGAAGACUUUGCAAGGUGAUGCUCUUCCAUCUCUCAUUGAAACCAUGAUGGAGAACCUGCAAAGUGUCAUGCUGCAGUCCAACAUGCUCAAAACCAGCAGCUCUGAAUGGGAAGUGGAUGGCAUCUUCGCUUUCUGCUACAAAGUCAUGUUCGAGUCCGGCUACCUCACGCUGUUCGGAAAGGAGCUGGAUGGAGACAAGAGUGUUGCACGUCAGCAAGCCCAGAAAGCUCUUGUCCUUAAUGCUCUCGAGAACUUCAAGGAGUUCGACAAGAUUUUCCCUGCGCUCGUCGCAGGCCUCCCAAUCCACGUAUUCAAGAGCGGCCACAGUGCACGAGAGAACCUCGCAAAAACCAUGCUGCACGAGAACCUCAGCAAGCGCACCAAGAUUUCUGACCUCAUCUCGCUGCGAAUGCAGCUCAAUGACUCGUUAUCUACCUUCAACGAGCUGAGCAAAGCCAGGACUCACGUCGCAAUGCUGUGGGCCUCACAAGCCAACACCUUACCUGCAACUUUCUGGACUCUCUUUUACCUGAUCAGAUGUCCAGCAGCAAUGAAGGCAGCUACUGAGGAAGUGAAGAACGUGUUUGAGAGUUCCAACCAGAAAGUCAAUCCCAAAGAUCCUCGACUCGUCCUAACCAGGGAAGAGUUAGACAACAUGCCAGUUCUCGACAGUGUAAUAAAGGAAGCGAUGAGGCUGUCCAGUGCCUCUCUGAAUGUGAGGGUGGCUAAAGGAGAUUUCUUGCUCCAUCUGGACAACAAGGAAUCGUACCGGAUCCGUAAAGACGACGUCAUAGCGCUGUAUCCGCAGAUGCUCCAUUUCGAUCCUGAGAUCUACGAAGAUCCUCUGACGUACAAGUACGACAGAUUCUUGGAUGAAAACGGACAGGAGAAGACGAGUUUUUACCGAGGAGGACGUAAACUGCGGUAUUACUACAUGCCGUUCGGCUCCGGAGUCACCAAAUGUCCCGGACGAUUUUUCGCUGUUCAUGAGAUUAAACAGUUCCUGUCUCUGGUGCUGUCCUACUUUGACAUGGAGCUUUUGGAUUCUCAAUUAAAAGUUCCUCCUUUGGAUCAGUCACGUGCCGGCCUCGGCAUUUUACAGCCCACAUACGACGUCGACUUCAAAUACCGACUCAAAAAGCAUUAGGAACUUCACAUUCUGUUCUUAUUUAAUGUAAAUAGUGUAGAUUUUUUUUUACAAACUAAGAGAUGCUGUCACUGGAAAACUGUCAUUUUUGAUAGUUAAGUGUAAUGUUCGCUAAAAUUUGAUCACAAAUGUAAUGAAAGGUCCAAACACACCAUCAUUUUCUAUCAACUUAACGUGACCUCGACAUGUUUUUGUGUCUAAACCAGUAUUAAAGAUUCCCACCUAACCAUCGAAAUAAUCCUAACGAUGUCCAACCUUAUUAACAUUCCACUCUGAUAGCAAUGAAAUGUAUGUUUUAAAUUAUUUAAUAUUUGUGAAAUCUUGUGAUUUCAAGUCUUUUUUUUCUUUUAAAGGUAUGAUAACUGAUCAUGAUGGCACUUUAAUGUUGUGUAAGAUGUCUCUGCUGACUGUUAUCAGUAAUAUUUACUGCUUGCAUGAGCCAAGAGUUUCGAUACUUAAUGAAUGACCUCGUAAAAUAGUAUUGUAUAUAAUGAGAAAUUCUAACAUGAUAAUGUAAUAUAUAUAUAUAUAUAUAUAUAUAUAGCUGAAUUGUUUGUUAAGAUUUUGGGCGGACAUAAUUUUCACACUUGCUCUUCUGAGAAUUCAAUUAAAACUUUU